AUGCCAAAAGCAGAGGUCGGCUCGACGAAGCAUCUGAGCAACAAGCUCAAGAGCAAAGGCCUCCAGCGUCUGCGCUGGUACUGCCAGGUCUGCGAGAAGCAGUGCCGGGACGAGAAUGGCUUCAAGAUGCACACGCAAUCCGAGUCGCACGUGCGGCAGAUGCUCGUCAUCGGCGAGGACCCGAAGAAGUUCCUCAACGAGUACAGCAACCAGUUCCUCCGCGACUUCACCCAGCUGCUGCGCACUGGGCACGGGGAGAAGCAGGUGCAGAUGAAUCAUUUCUAUCAGGAGUACAUCGCCAACAAGGAGCACGUACAUAUGAACGCGACAAAGUGGCCCAGCUUGACCGAGUUCGCGAAGCACCUGGGCCGCGAGGGCAUCUGCCGCGUCGAGGAGAACGAGAAGGGGAUUCAUAUCGCGUGGAUCGACAACUCGCCAGACGCGCUCAAGAGGCAGGAGGCGUUGAGGAGGAAGGAGGCGCAGGACCGGGGCAAUGAAGAGGUUGAGCAGAUGAUGAUUCGAGAGCAAAUCAAGAGGGCGCAGAAGGCGGCCGAGGCGAGGGGCGAGAAGCUGGACGACGAACAAGAGCGGGAGAGGGGGCUGCAGAGGACGGAGGGGGAGAAGGUGUCGUUGUCAUUUGGCGCCAAACCUGCGGCAGCGAAGAAGGAGCCCAGCCCGACGGCGCAGUCCAAGUCCGCCGAACCCGAGGCAUCGACGACAACGACCGUGGGACUUACAGAGGCAUCGGAGAAAAAGGAGGAUAAACCUGCCGAGAAGCCGUCAGUCAGCGGCGGUCUGUCGCUCAAAAUGACGGCGAAACCCCAGACAAAGAACGUGUUUGCUCAGGCGAAGAAGAAUGCCCUGGCAGGCGGCGCGAGGAAAUCUGCGUUUGUGCAGCCGAAGAAGAUGAGCGAAGCGGAAAGGAUCAUGAAGGAAGAUAUGGAGAGGCAGAAGGGGAAACGAUCGAGGGACGGGUCCGGCUUCGGCGGGUUUGCGUUCAAGAAACAAAAGACGGAUCAGCGGUGA